CAGCCGGCUGCAGCGCCGAUGUGACUACGUGAAGAUCGCGGUGUCGGAGGAACGCGCCGACCACCUCCCCGCCGAGUGGUGGAAGACGGGCGUGGCCUUCCUCUACUCCGUCUUCAUUCUCUUCUUCACCACCGUCAUCAUCACCGUGAUCCACGAGCGAGUGCCCGACAAAUCGGUGAGCCCACCGCUGCCCGACAAGUUCUUCGACUACGUGGACCGCGUGCCGUGGGCGUUCACCGUCACCGAGGUCAACGGACUGAUCCUCUGCGGACUGUGGCUGGUGCAGCUUUUCUUCCUCAAACAUAAAGCUAUAAUCGUCCGUCGCUGUUUCUUCAUGAUCGGGACCCUGUACCUGUACCGCUGCGUCACCAUGUACAUCACCACGCUGCCGGUGCCGGGGAAACACAUGGUCUGCGCCCCAAAGCUGUACAACGACUCAACGGGGAAGAUCUGGAGGAUUCUGAGUCUGAUCUCAGGAGGAGGUUUGUCUCUGACCGGCUCUCAGCUGAUGUGCGGUGACUUCCUGUACAGCGGUCACACCGUCAUGUGUACGCUGUCCUACCUCUUCAUCAAAGAGUACUCUCCCCGGUGGAUGUGGUGGUAUCGAUGGAUCUGUUGGUGCCUCAGCGCCUCGGGGGUUCUCUGCAUCCUGAUUGGUCACGAGCACUACAGCAUCGACGUGGUGGUCGGGUACUUCGCCACCACCAGGACCUUCUGGUGGUACCACACCAUGGCCAACACACAUGCUCUGCGUCAGGCUCCCAACAACUUCCUGUCGAGGACGUGGUGGAACCCAAUCUUUAACUUCCUGGAGAAGAACGUCAGAACCACGGUUCCCGUCGUGUUCUCGUGGCCGGUGGCGCUGCCCUCGUCCUGCAGACAGCGGUACCGGAUAGUGGAGGGAGGGAGGGACGAGUGAGGAUUAACCAUCAAGCAUCCUGUUUGAACAAAGCUUUAUUUAUUAUUAUUUCCUCUGCUUGACACUGAAAUGAUGACAAGUGUACAUCAUCAGGAACGCCUGGGAUUUAUUUUUACAGGACCGACGACGGCGGAGAAAAUCAGUCAAUCUAUGGUUCCUCUUCUUUGUUUUGAAUGUAAGCGUAUUAACAAAGAUGGCGGCCGCUUAAAGCAUCUGCUGCUCUGAUUCCUGCAGCUGGUGCUUCUGGGUUUAUCAUCAAGAAAAAUGUCCUCAAAAUGGGUUAUUUUUUGUAAAAUGUUGUAAAAUAGUCCACAAAGAGUCCUUACACUGUGUAGUGAAAGCUUGUUGUUUAGCUAACACAUGCUAGUGCACUAAUCGUAACAAUGCUAUAGGGCCUUCUAUGAUAAUAAUAAUAUUUAUAUAUCUUUAAGCAAACAUUAAGGCACAUGUUACAGCGCCCCAAAAAGUGAUAGUCAGAUUAUUUCUAAAUUGUUAGUUUGUUAGCUAGCCAGAGAUUCAUGAUCAAAGAUAUAUAGCUAUAAACGUAGCAUUUUGAGAUUCAAUCCUUAUGGCAUUGGUUAAAAAUAUGCUUUUGCAUCCGUAAAAGGUAAAUGUACCACUUCCCAACAAAUAACAAUAAGGCUAAGUAUUUAAAUAUGUAGAAUAUAAUUUAGUUUGUUAGCUAGACAGAGAUUUACAACCUAAGAUUCAUUACUAGCGGAAAUCCUCAGUUUUGAACUUGUUUAGGUUUUGGAUUGCGGUUAGCAACAUGCUAACUACAACAAAAGUAGCCUCCAUGAAUGGUAAAUGUAUCUCCUCCCAACCACUAAUUCUGAAGCUGAAUGUUUGCAUAUUGAGAAUAUUUCUUACUGUUUAGUUGUUAAACUAGCUAGAGAUUCAGGACCUCAAAUAGUUAGCCAUUUAGCAUUUUCAAGGCUAAGUUCAGUUUGGUCAAAAAGUUGUUCAGACAUACAUGAACGGUAAAUGUAACAUCGACGACAAUGAAAUAAUGAGAUUUAUUUCUGAGUGUUGGUUGGCUGGCUAGAUAUUCAAGGGUCAAAGCUGAAGUGCUAGGGACUCACAGCUAACUUCAUUACUUUGGACAUAUUUGCUCAUUGUUUUGGGUGCAGUUAGCCACAUGCUAACGACAGAAAAAAGUGUUUUGUAAAGUAAGAGUAAGAUAUUAUGAGUAUUGUUGUACAUUUAUUUCUAUACUUUAUUAUUGUUAAGUUAUAUUUACAAGUCAAAAUGUGUUUAGUGUUGAGACGCUGAGUUCAGUGUUCUCUUCUUCUCUCUUUUUUACACUGUUCUCUCCAUUUUACACCGUUCUUUAUUGUAAAAUAAACAAUUUGAACGUCCA